UAUGAUAUUGUAAUUAUCCAGGAACCUCACAUUGACCUUCUAGGGAACACACGGGCCACACAAGACUGGAAUGUAAUGUACCCUACACACCGAUAUACUCACAAAAGCCGCUUGCGCGCCAUCACACUCAUCAACAAGCGACUUAACACAAACAACUGGCGCCAGCUCCAAUUUCCCUCAGCAGACGUGGUAGUUAUCCAACUCAACGGUCCGUUUGGCAAAAUCACCAUAUUCAACAUCUAU